UGGGUUUACAUAUUCUCUCUACGCGCUGCUGGUGUGUUUUGUCGCUCUCGCGAAUUUCAAUCACAAGAAAUUAAGUUAAUUUGUGCGUUAAAAACGGGAAAAUUGCAAUAAAAGUGAUCAUUGAGGUGUUUGUGGUAUGCCUUUGGGGUGAUUUGUGUGAAAAAGAUUCCAUUAUAAUUAAUUUGAUUGAAUAAUUAAGACAAGAAGGCAUCACAUUUGCUUCCAAUUUCUUAACAUAAGAAGUCAGAGCGCAGAAAAGACUCCCCCGUACCACAAUCAGUGUUGUGUUGUGUGUUCCGGGAAAGGUAUAGAGGCAGUGUGUGGUGUGGAUUUGAAGGUGUGAUAAAAGCAGUGCGUCGAAAUUGGAGAGUCACGGGAACUUCUUGAAAAAGUGCUUGGAACAGUGUUAUGAGAAAAUGAGUACGCCAAUCACGUCGCAACAGCAACAAGCGGGGGUUCAACAGCCGCCCGUAGUACCUCAGGGUGGUCCUCCGCCAGUUCCUGCCACAAAGCCCAUUCUCUCCUCACCUGGGGCCUAUAUGGCAAACUUUGUGCCACCUGGUGUCCCAGCGGGACCAACAGCAGGCAUACACGGGGUCAAUAAGCAACAUGAGAAGCCCGUAAUUGCCGCCAGACCCAUUCCACCACCCACACUCCCCAAGUACACCUCUAGCUUUGGGAAGAUUGAUCGUGAUCGCAAUGAAUUCGGCAAGAUAGAUCGAUCUGAAAGGGAAAAGGAGGGCAUUGGCGGAUCCUAUCGUAUUCCCAGUCUCGAUCGAUUGGCGUAUAAACAGAGACUCCUGGAGCAAAACGGUGGACUGGGGGGCGUCGUAAUUGAGAAGAAUGGAAAUGGCGAUAAUGCUGUCCUUGCAUCAGCGUUACAAUCGAAGAGGGAGAUGUUCUUCAAGCAGGAAACUUCGACUAAUUCCACGGCCCUCAAUAAUCAUAACAAUCACAAUGUUACGGCGACACAACAGAUUUCUGCAACGUCAGUAUCUUCAGCCACAACACCAUCGGCAGUGGACAAAGUUGUCACGGCCAUUAACAAUGGGCACACAAAUGCCGCAACAGUGAACAAUUUGAAUAACAUUGCAGCUGGGAAGGAUAAGAGGGAUUUCGCGCACGAGAAUAAUCAUCAGGAUUCAAAUAAGAUGGUCACCGAGAGGCAGGAUCGGGAGAAGCAGCAGGCAAUUGUACGCCCAAAGCCAAAAGAGCUCGAGGGUUAUGUUGGAUUUGCAAAUUUACCAAAUCAAGUCUACAGAAAGGCUGUUAAGAAGGGAUUUGAGUUUACUCUCAUGGUUGUCGGUGAAUCUGGACUGGGAAAAUCCACAUUGAUCAACUCAAUGUUCCUUGCGGAUAUUUACAAUCAGGACCAACAUCCGGGACCGUCUCUGCGUGUGAAGAAAACAGUCCAGGUGGAAACUACGAAAGUUUUGCUCAAGGAAAAUGGUGUGAAUUUAACACUAACCGUCGUUGAUACACCCGGUUUUGGUGAUGCUGUCGACAAUAGCAAUUGUUGGGUACCAGUGAUUGAUUUUGUUGAGUCAAAAUAUGAGGAAUACCUGACGGCAGAAUCUCGCGUACAUCGAAAAGCAAUGUCCGAUAGCCGUGUGCAUGUCUGUCUCUAUUUCAUUGCACCAUCGGGGCAUGGAUUGAAGCCAUUAGAUGUAGAAUUUAUGCAACGACUCUGCGACAAAGUCAAUAUCAUUCCAGUUAUUGCCAAAGCGGAUACAAUGACACCGGAAGAAGUGCAACUAUUUAAGAAGCAGAUUCUCAAUGAGAUUGCCCAGCACAAAAUCAAAAUUUACGACUUUCCGGAACCACUGGAGGAUGAGGAGGAGGCUAAAGUGCUGAAACAACUCAGGAGUCGUGUUCCAUUUGCUGUUGUGGGUGCAAAUGUGGUUAUCGAUGUCGAUGGGCGGAAGGUUCGUGGUCGGAGGUAUCCAUGGGGCGUCGCUGAAGUGGAGAAUUUGGAGCAUUGUGACUUUAUUGCGUUGCGAAAUAUGGUUAUAAGGACACACUUGCACGAUCUCAAGGAUGUCACCAACAACGUUCACUACGAAAACUAUCGUUGUCGCAAAUUGGCAGGAUUGGGCAAUGAUGGCAAGUCUGGACGAUUGAGUAAUAAGAACCCCCUGGCACAGAUGGAGGAGGAAAAGAGGGAUCAUGAGCUGAAAAUGAAGAAGAUGGAAGCUGAAAUGGAGCAAGUGUUUGAGAUGAAGGUGAAGGAGAAGAAGCAGAAGCUGAAGGAUUCGGAAAUUGAAUUGACUAGAAGGCAUGAGGAACGAAAAAAGACACUGGAGAUUCAAAUUAGAGAACUCGAGGACCGACGACGCGCCUUUGAGCAAGAGAAGAAGGAAUGGGAAGAAGCAAAUGGGGUGACACUUGAGGAAUUGAGGAGGCGCAGCUUAGAGGCAAAUAGCAAAGAAACGGUGGACGGAAAAGAAAAGAAAGAUAAGAAAAAGAAAGGUUUGUUUUGAAAGUAAACACACGUGGAUGAGGACUAUUUGUGUUCCCCCAUAAAAAAGAAAACUACACCCCUUCCCCCCUAUAUAUAUAUACGUUUUUACCGAUGCGUGUUUGUAUAAAAAAAAAGAAAUAUUCUCAUUAGAUUUUAAUGGAUAAAAGUAAAUUUUCUGUCUCCCCUGUCCCACAGUAUACAAAUAUGUAUUUUAUGUUUAGUCCUAAUUUUAUCCUCCUCAAAAGAAGAUUUUUUAAUCCAAAUUUUAUGUUUUCCAAAUAUUGAAAGUAAAGGAAAAAAAAACAAAAAUCUUAAAAAAUUAUUGAACCAAAUUUAGUGAGUCUUAUGAUUAAGGAGAAGCACAUACAAAAAAAAAUACUUUCGUGUAAAUAUUCUUUAGAAAAUACGACAUAUGCAAGAUCAAUAUAAAAGAAAAAAUAGAUCUUUAUUAAAAUUAACAACAAAAUAUUCAAAAAAAACAAAAAAGGCAAAAACUCUUUAAAUUUGCACACACUAUUCCAAUUUAAAAAAAAAAAACGAAUAAUCGGCAGUGUAGAGGAAUUUUUUCCGAGAAGAAAAACAGUUAAAAAUGACAAAAAAAAGAACUUUUGUGUAAAUAUAGGCAUAGAUAUUAAUUUGUAGGUAUAAUAAUAUAUUAUUUUUUUAUUUGAAAAUCGAAAAAAAAUCCCCAUGAGCGUGAAAUUUGUAAAUAAUUUCAUUAAAAUCAUUCUACUUUUCAAGAAAAAAAAUCUUCCUAUUUCUUUGUAUUUAUAUCACUUUAUAGAAUAUUUUCUUCUUUAUUUUUUAUUCCCCUUUUUAAAAUAUAUAGUUUCAUUUACAAAAUAUAUCUCUAAAAUAUCUUUGAAAAAAAAACAAAGAAUACAGAAAAUACCUUAAAAGUAUUCCGUGCAUUUUAUAUUUAAAAAACAAAUUAUUCGCUAAAUUUUACUUUCUCUCGUUAGAAGAAAACAAAAAUAGAAGCGAAACUAAUUCCAAAAUUUAAAUCAUAAAAAUCGUGUUUAACUUUUAAAAAUCUCUCUGAAAAUUCAAAAAAAAAAAAAGUAAUUUUCUUGUAAUGGUCAGAAAAAAAGUGUUGCAUUUAUAUAUAUAAAAAAAAGUAAAAGUAACAAGUAAAAAAUUUCCUAAAUAGUGUUAUCAAUAGAAAAUGUAAUAAAUAGUAAGAAAUAAAAUUAAGAUAGAACACAUAAAUUUAUUUGUGUGUGCCAUAAAUUAUAUUAGAGCAAAUAAAAAGGCAUCGAAUAUUAAAGAAAAAAAGAAAAUAAUUCCAUUUUGUUUCUGAACCUUUUUUGAUAUUUUUUUUAUUUCUCAGUAAAAUAAAAAUUCGUAAAGUGAUUUUGAAAAGAAGGAAAAAUGUGUCCAAAAUGUAAGCUCAAUUUAUUGGUUUCUUUUGCAUCAAAAUAAGCAAAAGAAAUACUCAAAAUCAAUUUUUCAAAGAAAUUCAUAAUAUAAAAAACUUUAAAAAUUUUUUACCUUAAACACCGUAAAGUGUUUAAUUUUAUUAGCAACUGUUUUUAGAUGUUGUGAGAAAUUUGAUUAAAUGAAAAAAAAAACAAGAAAAUUUUUCAAAGGUUUGAGAGUGCUUCACGUUUCGAUGAGAGAAUUUAAUAAUAAAUAAAUAAAAAUAUACAUAAAUAUUCUCCAACGAAACAAACAAAAUAAUAUGAAAAAAAAUCAUAGAUUUUCCGGAGGAAGAGAUAAAUAAUUAAGUAAUUAAAAUAGAAAUUACGUGAAAUUUAUUAUUUCUUCAGAAAACAAAAAUAAAAAAAAAAACAAUGCUUCAAACAUAAAAAAAACCAGAAGCUCUACCUUUCUCUGUCGCCGCGCAGAUCAAUUUGGAUUUUUUCUUUCCUCAACAGCAAGGAACCUUUCUUUCCGUUUCGCAACAUUCUUUUUUUUUAAAGAAAUAAACUCUUAAUUUCUUCAGCUUCGCACUUGGGUUGUUGUGGUUGUUGUGACGGUGGUUUCAGCGCUCGAUGGUGGCAAAAUCACGACUUGAUCGUAAGUUGGUGGUAAAUCUGAGGAAGAAUAAAGAGUAGAGGGAAGGACAAGUGGGUGAGAUAAGGUGAAAAAAGUUGAUAAGCAUUCAUUAGGGAAUGUACAGGAAAUAUGGUACACAAAAAAAGAAGAAA